AUGUGUAGUGGUCCACAUCCACGUAACCGUCAGCUAACGCUUUCAGAGUCACUUGGUCUAAGUGCAAAGAGAAUUCGUGAAGAUAAUUACAUGUGUUCGGUUGCCAAUGAUAUUUUCUCUAACCCGAACUUCACCUGGAAAAACAAGUGUUUAAAGCUCUCAGAAAUGACUACUUUUUCCCAAACAAUCGACAAAUAUUCCAAAACAGAUUUGUCUAAGGUUAAAAAUGGUUCAGUUUCUUCAGAAUAUGUCGAUGCUUGGAAUGCCUCUUACGUUAAGAUGCCCUGUUCUCCACAUAAUAUUUAUCACGAAAAUAGACAACCUGUAUCACGUUGGGGUAUUAUUGAAAGAGCUCUUUCUUCGCCCAUCAAAACGGUUGAAGAUUUUAGAAAAGCUGUAUUAACAUACAAUGCUCGUUUCAUUGAUGAUUGGAACUUUAAACACCUUGAGACAGCUCUUAAAAUGGAGCCAAAUUUCGAAUCUCUUCUUUCCAAGAUUGCUGAUCUUUCUCUUAAGCUCCCCCAGCUUAUUCCUCAACCCAUACCUCUUCUUCAAAGGAACAAAGAAACCAGUUUGACGUUGAACCAGCACCAGAUUGCCUGUCUGCUAGCGAAUGCUUUCUAUUGUACCUUUCCACAUCGAAAUGCUAAAUCCAAGGACUCCGAAUACGCAAACUAUCCUUUUAUCAAUUUCGGAACCCUUUUGUCCCUAAAUUUCGAGAAUGCUAGAAAGGCAACAGUCCACAAGGUGCUAUGCAUUCUCCACUACUUCCACCGAAUCUUCUCCACUGACGAACCUCCACAGGGUCUUGUGACCUAUACUCGACGUUGUUUGAAUAAAAGUGUGCUCUUCGAGUGUAGUGCUGUUCCCAUCAAAUCAAUCGCUUUCGGGGUCAGUUCUACGUGCCUUAUUGAAGACGCCAAUCCCGAUACUAUUCAGGUAGAUUUCGCUAAUCGGUUCCUCGGAGGUGGUGUUCUUCAUGGUGGGUGUGUACAGGAGGAAAUACUCUGCUGUAUUCGACCAGAAAUCCUCGUUGGUCUUCUCUUCUUCGAAUCGAUGGAGAGCAACGAAGCUCUCAUUAUUGAAGGAGCUGAACGAUAUUCUCGAUACACUGGCUACGGGAAUACGUUUAAAUGGGCUGGCGACUUCAACGAGGCGUUGGAUGCAAAGAAUACUAGAGAUGAACAAGGUCGUUGGAAAGGUACCAUUGUAGCCAUCGAUGCAAUUGUUUUUGACAGGAGGAAGUCUCAGUUUACUGUUGAACCAAUUCGGCGGGAAUUAAAUAAAGCUUACGCUGGUUUCUCUGACGAUCUUGCUCCGUAUCGACCUCUUCCUAGGGUCGUUGUCAGCGGAAACUGGGGCUGUGGAGCUUUCGGUGGAAAUAGGGAAUUGAAAUAUCUCAUUCAACUGAUGGCGUGUGCACAUGCUGGUAAGUCUCUUGCUUACUGCACCUUCUCGGACGAUAAGUUUGCAAAAAGAACACUUGAAGUCUUCGAGGCUCUCUGUUCGAGCUCCUGUACAGUUGGACAACUAUGGAACAUACUAAUCACUCUUGAUGUUCCACAACUCAACAAUAGAACGAUUAGAGAGCAGCAGUUGUUUGAGUAUUCUGAAGGAUUGCAAAAAAAGCCUUUUCUAGAAUUGUAUCGCGUAGCAAUUGACGAGUUAAAUACAGUGAAGUCAAAUAGCACGAUGAAUGCAUUGAGUCGCUCCUUUUCACGAGCUCAGUUUUUCUGUUUUUCGACUCUGAGAAGUGCUAGUGUCAAAUCGUGGCCAACUAUUGAUAAUCCAUGGCGAGACAAAUUGGAUACGUCAAAGCCUCUCACCUAUCCUAAAAAUUUCGUUGUAUCCAAAGAAGAAUUCAAAUAUGUGGAGAUGUUAAAACCUCAAGCCUUUGUCCCACCAUCACCUCAGGGCGUUGAAAUUACUCCCAGUGGUUGGGUUCCUCCUCGUCCUGAAUUAUCAUCGAAAAAACCGUAUACCAUAGUUCGUUCAAAAAACCACAUGCUUCCUGUCUACGUGAUCGUCAAGAAGAAGAAGAGAGCCGAGCAGACUCAUGGAAAUCGCACAUUGACCGUGAUUAAAAAAGUUGGUGGUGAUCUCUCCGCCCUAGCCGCAGAACUUGAAGUCUUAUUGAAGCCGAAAUGUGAAGCGGGGCACUUCCUAUGCCAAGUUGAUGAAGCCACACAGAAGAUCGUGAUCGAUGGUAUCUUUGUCGACGAAGUGGCUCAAUAUUUGCUUGAUAAUGGAUUCUAG